AUGCUAUCUAUCUGGAAACAUGCUCAAGUCACAAACAAGACAAACAAACUCAACAUCCACAAACCAGGCAAACCUCUCGAAAACCCAUCCUCUUACCGCCCUAUAAGCCUUCUGUCUGUCGUAGGAAAACUAUUCAAAAAAAUACUCCUAAAAAGAAUUUCAAAAAUUGUCACAGAUAACAAAAUUAUACCCGAUUUCCAAUUCAGCUUCAAAUCUAAACACUCCACAAUCCACCAACUGCAUAGAGUCGUCGAUCAAAUCUCAUUAGCAUUCGAGAGCAAAAAAAUCUGCAUUGGUAUUUUCCUAGACAUCGCACAGGCUUUUGACCGAGUUUGGCACCCUGACCUACCCUUUAAAUUAAAAUCCUUCUUGCCAACUCCGUACUACCUACUAAUCAAAUCUUAUCUAAACUAA